AUGGCUCAGCUCGAUCAUUCAGCAAGUUUCUGUUUUAACCCUCUUGAGCACCUGGGCCGAGUAUCUCCGUAUCUCGAACCCCGCGAUGCCCAACCCUCUUCGCCGGAUGCCCCGCAAGGUUGCACAGUUGCUCGCGCUGCCUACCUAUCUCGCCAUGGCGCUAUCAAUGUAAACGAUGACGAUUACGAGGACUGGAUCGAACCGUUCCUAUCAAAGUUUCAGAACCACACAGGCACCGACUGGACCAAGAUAUCGCCUUUGAACUUCCUAGUCGAUUAUGUCUCACCGUUUGCACUCGGUGCUGAGCCGGAGACGCCGACAAGGAUCGGCGAGUUGGAAGCCGCACAGCUCGCUACCGACAUCACCAUACAAUAUCCGAAUUUAAUAAUACCCUCUCGGGUGUGGGCUUCGUCCCCGCCCCGAACAUCUAUCUCCGGACAAGCGUUUGCGCGGGCACUCCAAACAGACAAUAACCCCAUAAAUCUCAUCAGCGUCACUGAGGGAAACUACGGCGGCGCCAAUAGCUUGGUGCCGUACCAAGCAUGUCCCGCAUACCGCGAGGGAAAUGACGAGGCCAAAACGUACCGGGAGCUGUUCACCAAGCCUAUUAAAGCGCGGUUCAACUCCCUAGCGCCCGAGUACAACUUCACCACCACCGACGUAGUCGGAAUGCUGCUGCUCUGCGGCUACGAAUCCUACGCCGACGACAUACGGUACCACUACGACGUGGGCUACGGAAACCCGCUCUCCGGCACCAUCGGAUUUCCGUGGUUCAACGCCACGGCCGAGCUGCUGAUGCGCGAAAGCGACGCUGAGGAUUUGUACGUGAGCUUUUCGCAUCGCACGCUCCCGACCAUGGCUUUCGUCGCGAUGGGGCUGUUCAACAACUCCGCGUUUGGAGGGAGCGCGGAGACGAUUAAUGAUACGAUGCCGCUGGAUCGCAUUAACCCGCGUCGGGCGUGGAGGACCUCUGAGAUAACGCCUUGUUUGGGAAACUUGGCUUUUGAGAAAUUGGCCUGUAAGGGGAGUUACGGGUUUACAGACGGUGAUUAUUAUCGUGCGCUGGUGAACCAUGCACCGCAGCCAUUGCCAGGAUGCACAGAUAAGCCAGGCAGCAGCUGUUCGAGAAGUAGCUUCGAGGCUUUUAUCCAAGAAAGGGCGGGAAUGUUUAGUAGGUUUUCCCAAAGGUGCCAGGUCGACUAUGAUAAUAGCACGGAUAUUGUUUCGUUCUACGAAGAUUGA